ACACCACGGUGGACUUCCCACAAAGUAGUGCCUAUUUCAUCAAUGUCAGGUGGAUGAAGGACUGAGUCGAUUCCCAACCAUCCACUGGUUUUAUGGUCCUAAAUGUAUUUAUUUUUUGGGCGUUUACCUUUCUAUGGUGAAAGAUAACCACUGAGUCAGCCCAUCUCAUCGGCUACAUGGUAUACCUUCAUAUUGAUCAUAGUAAUUUACAGCACUCGCUCUAUUUACUGCCAAUAUCAUCUAUUAUUUUGUCUACCCACGUGACUUUACCGAAAGAACCAAAGAGUAUGGAUUCCUGCAGUCACGAAAGCUUCAAAUUAAGACUUAUAAUAUCAUUCGCCACGGGUAACUUAUUACUCGCCAUUGAUGUUAGCCGUGGAAUCUAAAACAAGUUUUUCAUCGUGCCGUGUGCUAAUCACUGUGCCACCGCCCCACUCAUGUUUGUGAUUGCCAGAUAAAAUAUGUAAAUGUAUCCUCUUGGCACUCCCCCCACAAAUGGAACACCCACCCUGAUCUCAGCUUCCCUCUUCCAGCCUUACUCUCCCUUGAUGGAGCACCUGCUUGCCACUUGACAUCCACUACGGCUAUCGGUGCCUCCUCGUCGCACAACCCACGCUCACCUCCUUGGUACGGACGGAAUUUCCGACCGUGUCUCACACUAAGAGGACGGUCAAGUAGAUCUGCUGUGUACUGGAUAAGGACGUGUGUACAAGUGGCCAGCGGGUGGCAGGUGAGUUCAGCAUCGGAGGAGAAUGAUGUGAGGGAUACUUUGGUUUGAGAGAUACACAACACAGACAAGUUGAUAUGUAGUCAGUAUAGUGUAGAUAAUUUAGAUGCAACAAGAAUGAGCGAGAAUUAUUCGAGUCUGAAGACGUAAAUGCAUCGUGGUCUGUAGGAACAGCAAUUACUUUGCAGAGGAAGAAUAUAAAAUAAACCUGAGAUAAAUAUUUGUAUCAUGACAAGGUGAAAACAUCUCCAACUUACACGUCUAUGCAGCACGAUACAGUAUAGCGUGUAUUAAAAAAUAUAUUUUAAGGUACAUCGAGUGGAUGCUUUUGGGUGCAGAUUAUAUUACAUUCGAGAUAAACAUGGCCUUUUUACCAUUCAUAUGCAUAAACUAUUGGGGCACGGGCAGUUAUAAAGCACUUAUUAAGGCUACCCAGACAAAUACUGAUUUUUGUUUUAUAUCCAUCACCAUCGACUGAUCGAAUAAGUGCAGGUUUCAACCACGAAUAAGUCAGCAAGAAGAAAAGUAUCUUGCACGUACCCUGCAUCGACUGCUCGAACAAGUGCAAUUAGCGAGCACCUAUUAAGGCUGCACUCACGCGUUGGCUGCAAGUCCCAUCUCAGAUGGCCAAGUCGCAGGGAUUCCGGAUCGACGCUCUCCUCGCCUCCCCGCCCUCCUCCUGCUCCUCCUCCCGGCGCGGGUCUGCCCCGACGCCCUGCCCGAGCCCCGUGCCGCCCUGCCGCUCCCCCUGCAGCCCGUGCGUGGCCCAGGAACCCUGUGGGACAGUGUAUCCUCAGCCCUGCAGCACUUACAGCAGCCAGCACCAUGGACAGCACCUCCAGCAUCAUAUCCACCAUCAGCAGCAACAUCAUGGGAUGGUGCCCAGGGACACGGGACACCUGCACCAGUCCAUGCACUGCGAGCACACGCAGCAGCAGCAGUUGCACGCCCUGCAAGAGCAGCGUACGCUGCCACCGCUCGGUCACAGCUUUGCGAGCGGGGAGGCCGCCUACGCGUGCCGGGAGGCCGGGCCACACCACCUCGUGCACGUGCAGCACAGGGCGGGCCUGGGGGUCGCGUUCCCGGGGCCCGAGGCGAGAGCGCGGGGUGGCCCCAGCGGCUCGGUGUUUUUGGAGGCUUGGCUGCGCGCCUCCGGCACUGCUCUGCUGCUGCCUCCUCUGCCACCCCAGUACCACGGAGCGAUGGCAGUGACCGGUAAAUGCAGGCGGCCCCGCACGGCCUUCAGCAGCCAGCAACUCCUGGAGCUCGAGCGACACUUCAGCCGCCAGCGGUACCUGUCCCGCCCGCAGAGAUUCCAAGUGGCCUCGGCGCUCAUGCUCACAGAAACACAGGUGAAGAUCUGGUUCCAGAAUCGAAGAAUGAAGUGGAAACGCGGCAAAGGUGGGCAGCUGCAGGAGAAGCAAAGCUUGGGGCCAGCACGGAACGGGCAGGCUGGGCGACCUGCUCCAGCUGCUGCCUCUGCCGUCAUCACCACAGGACCAGGGGCAAGCAAGGAGCCAGAUCGGACCAGCAUACCCGAGUAGAAUUAUUCAACGCGAAAGCCACGUUUGUCCAAAAGCCUUGGAACAAAAGAUAUUACCCGUCUAAAAAAAAAGUUGAGAGUUAAGGUUGUCCAGCUCCGUUAGUCGUUGAAGUUCUCGCCUCAGCAUGUUGGGCUUAAUUAUGAAUUGGCAAUCGCUCCCUUUUGGUCCAGUGUCGGUAAAACAAUGUAAUUUAUCACCAACACUAGAGCAGAAGACCACGGCGAUGUGCAGCCAGGGUGACAAGCGUAUUAAAUAGGAGGUACAUACAAGAGAAGGUAGCAACUACUAUAGCAUUUGACCGAGUUAAAAUGUAUUACUUUACACGGAACCGUUUUACAGAUAGAUGUACAUGCCUGUAUGUAAUUAGUCACGUGUACCAUUCAUCAUGUUAAAGACACCAAGGCCAGUGGCAACACUUAAAUGCAUUGCUAAUGUACGUGUGCAUGUGUUAUUAAAAUUAAUGCCAUAGUGUAGUGAACAAGUGGUUUAAACUUGGAAGAAAGGUCUUUGAUGCUGUGAACACAAUUAUUACGUUCCUGUCACCACACAUUUAGUGAUGUUAUGCUGAAAAUUGGCCAAAGGUCACGUUAAAAAUACUCACCCUACACCUAGACCACACGUAAUUGCCCUAAUUUUCAGAACCUGAGGGUCAAGCAUGGAGUGCUUGGAUGGAUAGCCUAGAUGAAAAUAAACCGGUGCAAUUAGAAUUUUGGGCAGUAGAGAGCAGUACAGCAACAUCCAAGUUAUGCGCUUUCCACCCACAUUGAAUAUCCCACCAUUUAUUAUGCUUGUUCGCAAAGGAAAGCCUCCCGACUUUCAAUAAAGGAUAUUGCCAAGUUUGUGCAGGGGGUGGGCGGGGGCAACUAUUGCCAUGUACAGGCGUCUCGCUUAACGAGCGGAGAUACGAAAAUUGCUCAUUUAAAAAUUCGUUAAAUGAUCGUUUUCUCAUCGACCUCAUUAAAAACAGUUAGAUUUUGAACCAAAAAUGGUUUACUUUUCUUUAACAGCUUUAGCAUGAGAAAUCAAACAUUUUAGUUAAACACCUGAAAUACCACGCGAAUAACCAGUGCUCACAGGUGCCGGUCCUAAGCGUCUGUAAUGAAUUUGCUCGAUUUCAACGAAUUUGGCCCAAAUUAAAUUGCUGCUUCAAACGAAUUGGUAUACAAACUCGUUAAACGGGACACGCCUGUACAGUAAAUUAACGUAAUAAUUUCAAGUAAUUUUUCAACUUUGGCCCAUGACCCCCGUGCAUCAUGGCCGACCGGUCCAAAUAAUGUCACAGGAGAUUACGAAUCAAUAAUUGCUCAACCUUUAUUAUUUUGCAAAAAACAGUUUACCAAAGCAUUAUGGAGACAAAACAUCUAAAAUAGUCAUUUCACAUUUGGACAGGCAACAAAACAAAUCAUGUAUCCAAAAAAAAACACGUGUACAAAACACAAUUAGUAAAACAUUUGUAUAUGCAUCUAUUUAUAUUAAUAACCACGCUUGAAGGGUCUGUAGCUUCAGUCAGCCCUUGUAUUGGUCAGGCAUCCACGGAUAAACCUGCGGAUGAGCCACAAACCAGGUCAGAACAGAAGUCGCGUUGGGAUCACGUCCGAUUAGCACGCCAAUCUGUAUUUAGUUACACCCACUUUUGCAGGUCACCCGUGUGUGCCCAACGCAGGACCCUGGUUGAAUAACCUUUUG